AUGAUUCAGAAUAUUGAGAAGACAGCUCUACUCUCUGAGCAUGUUAAUCUGCUUACUGCUGAGAUGAAACCUGAGACAGCAGAUCAGAAAAUGCAGGAUUUUGAGAUACAGAUUGACCUGGCUAAGAGAGAGCAGCAGAAACCCUUCUCUGAGAAGAUAGUGAAGAGAGAUUUUAAGAUGAUUAUCAUCUCAGAUAAGAAGAAGAAGAAGAAGAAGAAGAAAAAGAAGUAA